GAGAAGAAGUUGGAAAAAAUGGACUUUAAAAAAAAAAAAAGGGAGUAAUACGAGCGAGCGGUUGCCAGGGAUUCUCCCUCCCCCGUUUUGAUUUGGGUGGAAUUUGAGCUUAGAUCUGGGGCUGGGUUUGGAGGGAAUUGGAAGAUGAGCGCGGCGGAUAAGAAGGACGAGCACGACCACAGUCCGUGGCAGGAAAGGGAGCAGGUGUCGAGGGCUUGGGGAAUUCUCCUCUUCGGCUUGAUUGCCGCCACCGCCACCACCUUCGCGGUUAGUCAGUUGAGGAGGACUGCUGAUUGGAUCUACACUCAGUCGAGCAAAUUGCAAUCAAGUUCAUCAUGGAGAAAUGCAACCAGUGGUUCAAAUCGUGGUGGUUUCAGGGAGGAAGCUUGGAAGAGAUACAACCGCCGAAUGCAAGAGGAGUAUGAAGAGGAAAUGCAGAGAGUGGAGCGCAUACGGCGCAUGCAGAGUAUAUUCAAUAGAGAGAAAAACAAGUACAAGAGGAGCUACGAGAGUUGGAGAGACCAUGGCCCUGGUGCAUAUCAACAUAUUCCACGUGAUGAUUGGUACUGGCAGACAGAUACAUCUUACAGAGAUCAAAGAACUAAUUAUAGAUCUGCCCCUCAGGCCAGUGGAAGUUAUUCAAUGUCACAUCACUACUCAGUCUUGGGUCUUGACAGGUCAAGGGUAAAACCCUACUCAGAUGCUGAGAUCAAGACUGCUUUCAGAGCAAAAGCAAUGGAAUACCACCCUGAUCAAAACCAAGAUAAUAAAGAGGCUGCAGAGGAAAAAUUUAAAGAAGUGAUGAGGUCUUAUGAAGCAAUAAAACAAGAGAGGAAAAAUGGAAUUUGUUGAUCCUACAAAGUACUUGUAAAUUCUGAGCAUGCCAACAGGAUAUACAUAUCAAUUAAAUUGGGUGUCAUUACUUGAUGAUGGUGACGACAUCAAAAUUAGCAUCGCAGUAAUGUCUGCUCUUUAAUGCCUGAGAUGGCAAGGAUGCUUAUUUGAGAAGCUAACUGAGAGAAGUCUUUUUUGAUGUUUGUUGUAUGGUCCAGUCUUAACAUGAGUAUUUUCAUUCAGAUUAGCACAUCUUUGCUAGCAUGACUAUCUAUGUAAAAUAAUAAUAUUGACCACCAUACAGGACAUAAAGUUCUACACUGUAUCCAAUUUUUACACAAUAUCCUUAUUUAAAUGCGUGGAAAAUCAACUGUUAAAAUGUCUGCUUGGCAA